AUGUAUGUCGACACUUCCAAGCUCGCUACCGUGGCUCUCGCCACCAUCCUCUCCGCCAACUCAGUCCUCGGUGCGCCAAUUGUUGGUCGUUCUUCCAACUUGUUGACCCGUGACCCCCGUGGCUCCCACGGCUCGACCUCCCACAAGGUCUCUGAGGUUACCGGCGCCAUCUCUGACGGUACUGGUGCGAUAGCCGAUGCCAUGACCCUCCAAGAGUAUCUGAACCAAAAGCGCAGCCCCCGCGGCCACCACUCUGGCUCUGGCAGCUCUACUGGUGAAAGAGUUUCGACUUGGACUGGUGCUCUGGGCGACAUUACUGGCAUGGGAGCAGACGCAGCCACUAUUGCGGAGGCCGCCAACAACCAAAAGCGCUCUCCUCGCGGCCACCACUCUGGCUCUAGCUCUUCCACCGGUGAACGGGUUUCGACUUGGACCGGUGCUCUGGGCGACAUUACUGGCAUGGGAGCAGACGCAGCCACUAUUGCGGAGGCCGCCAACAACCAAAAGCGCUCUCCUCGCGGCCACCACUCUGGCUCUAGCUCUUCCACCGGUGAACGGGUUUCGACUUGGACCGGUGCUCUGGGCGACAUUACUGGCAUGGGAGCAGACGCAGCCACUAUUGCGGAGGCCGCCAACAACCAAAAGCGCUCUCCUCGCGGCCACCACUCUGGCUCUAGCUCUUCCACCGGUGAACGGGUUUCGACUUGGACCGGUGCUCUGGGCGACAUUACUGGCAUGGGAGCAGACGCAGCCACUAUUGCGGAGGCCGCCAACAACCAAAAGCGCUCUCCUCGCGGCCACCACUCUGGCUCUAGCUCUUCCACCGGUGAACGGGUUUCGACUUGGACCGGUGCUCUGGGCGACAUUACUGGCAUGGGAGCAGACGCAGCCACUAUUGCUGAGGCCGCCAACAACCAGAAGCGUUCGCCUAAGGGCCAUGGCUCUAGCCAUGGCGGCUCUUCUUCCUCUUCCAGCGACAAGGCUCUGGAUGGUCUUGAUGCGGCCGGUAACAUCAUCGGCAUCGGCGCUGACGCUGCGACUAUCGCCGAAGCCGCCAACCAAAAGCGUUCUCCCAAGGGUCACGGUGGUUCCUCUUCUUCUUCCAGCGAUAAGGCUCUGAACGGUCUCGACGCCGCUGGUAACAUCAUUGGCAUCGGCGCUGACGCUGCGACUAUCGCCGAAGCCGCCAACCAAAAGCGUUCUCCCAAGGGUCACGGUGGUUCCUCUUCUUCUUCCAGCGACAAGGCUCUGGGUGGUCUUGAUGCGGCCGGUAACAUCAUUGGCAUCGGUGCCGACGCUGCGACUAUCGCCGAAGCCGCCAACCAAAAGCGUUCUCCCAAGGGUCACGGUGGUUCCUCUUCUUCCAGCGAUAAGGCCUUGAACGGUCUCGAUGCUACCUCCAACAUUGUCGGCAUUGGUGCUGAUAUCACCACUAUCGCUGACGCCGCCAACCAGAAGCGCGCCCCCAAGGGCCAUGGUUCUAGCCACGGUGGAUCUAGCUCUUCUGAUAAGGCUCUGAAUGGUCUUGAUGCGGCCGGUAACAUCAUUGGCAUCGGCGCUGACGCUGCGACUAUCGCUGAGGCUGCCAACCAAAAGCGUUCUCCCAAGGGUCACGGUGGAUCUAGCUCUAGCGACAAGGCCCUGAACGGUCUCGAUGCUACCUCCAACAUUGUUGGAAUUGGUGCCGAUCUCACCACAAUUGCGGACGCUGCCAGCCAGUAG